UUGAUUGGUAUCUAUCUCUAGUUCAUAUAAAAUCUGUACAUAGCAGAGUUUUAUAAAAUAAAUGAGGUUGAAUUUUAACGGUAGCUUGACCAAGUGAAUACACUAUCGUGAAUGUAAAUAAUACAUAAUACUAAUUUGAUAUCGCCAAAAGAGAAUAGUUCUUCUAACUUCAAUCAAUUUGCUAAAAAUAUGUCAGAACGUGGGCGUUUAACUUGCUUUAUGUACAGGGUAAGAACUUAUACGCAACUUGUACAAUAGUCAUUGUUGCCUAACUGGUGACAACUUCUUGUAAAUUAUCCAAAGUUCAAUGCACCUGUGUUCAUAUUCAUUCAAGUUUCAGGGUUUCUUGGUUUGCUCAAGGAUUUCAACAAAGAUGAAUUUAUAACGCACAAAAUACAUUUGAAUAUACAGUUUUUUUUUAAGCUUGUCAAAUUGUUAGUGCAUUUGGUUAAAAAAAUUAAAAAUAAAAUCAAUUGUUUUAGUUAUUACGAAGAUCUGUACUCGAAAAUUUGUAACAUUUUCUCGUUCACAGAAAAAGGGAAGUCAUUCAACAUUUCUUGUCUAGGUCUGAAUAUUUUGUAAAGAAAAAUUAUCUUAAAGAAUGGAAGAUCUAAGAUACGUAGAACUUCGUAAACCAGUAUCAAAAGCAUAAAAAAAAAUGUACCAAAAAAUUGAAAUAAAGUCUUUGAAAAUGAAAAUCAUCUUCGAAGUUUUUCUCAAUAAACGUACUGAUUCUCGCUGUCAAGUUUCAAUCAAGUUCAAUCUAGCUAAACUUUCAGCGUCUGCGCUCCCGAAGAGGAUUAAAAUCGAGUCGACGGAAGAGCCGGUACAUAACUACGACUAUUCAUCAAGCGACAUCGAGUUUGAAGAGGUAGCGAUAGAUGGUAGCAGCUUUUCGACCCCCACGGACAGAAAAAAUAAGUUAAAGGCCUCCAAAAGUCGUGAUAAAAAAAUCGUCUCCUCGAGAAAGUCAUUAGUCUACAUGUGCAAGUCAUGCAACUUAAUCUUGUCGGAUUUCGAUUCGUUGGAGAGACACUUCGGCUUGUUUCAUCUGAAAAAGGUGAAGAAACCAGAAUCAGUGCUAACGGACUGCAAAACUGCGCACGUAACCAAGUUGCACAGAGCCCCUGGAGAGAGUAUUGUGGCGCGUUGGCGAACGUUGGCUACGGAAUCAAUAAUCGAGGAAGAUUUAUCUAUCAAGCCAGAUGAAGAGCUCAUAAUUUCUGAUGAUGAAGAGCAAGUUGUAGCUGAAGAAGAAGUACCAAUUGGCAGCGUAGUCGAUAACGUUUCAGAGAACCUUGUCGAGGGAGAUGCUGAAAUGGUGCAAGAAGCCGACAGACUGUUGGUUGACGAUGACUUUGAUAGUGACUUAAUCGAGGAAGAUGACGACGACUACCUGGUAGAGGAAGACAAUGAAGCUCGCCUACAAUACGACAGCCAGAGCCAGGUGGAAUUUCCCUGCUCUUAUUGUGACUCCGUCUGUCCAAACAAGCAGGCGUUUAGAAUGCACUUAAUUCGCGAUCACACCAACUGUUUCGAGCACCAAUGCAAGUUUUGCCCACAGAAGUUCAGUAUCAAAGAGGACUUAACCAGACACGUGCGAUUCAAGCACACGCACACGCCCGUCAACUGCAACCUCUGUGGCAAGCCCUUUGCUAACGGUAAAUGGCUAUACUUGCACCUUAAAAAGUUGCACAACAAACCCAAGUACGCCAAGGAACGGAUUGUUUGCCAGAAAUGUGGACAAUCCAUACCUAAAUGCAGGUUUAAAGCACACAUGGCUAAACACCCAUGGACCUCCGCGAGGGAGAAACCAUACUUCUGUGUCGUUUGUAACAAGACCUUCGGUACGAGAAUUCAGCUGAGGCAGCACCUGAUCGUUAAGCACAGUGAAAAAUCACCGAAAAACCCAUCUGGAUAAGCAUGAAAGCUUCUUGGAAAAUAAUCAGGCUGGAAACAACGGGACAGACGAAUGCUAGGAUCGCUAGUGCACGAACCCGAUGAAUAGGAGCAAGAAGAGAGUUAGUUAACGAUGACGUCGUUGAAAAAAGUAUCGUGUAAUAAUAUGUACCGUGUAAUUAAUUAAAACUAUGCGGGAGAGAGAGAGAGAGAGAGAGAGAGAGAGAGAGAGAGAGAGAGAGAGAGAGAGAGAGAGAGAGAGAGACUAGUUUGUAAAUUCUGAUACCUCGGCAUAGACCAAAAUUAUGUGAGGCUCGGCAGGGAGUCGGCGUUUUAUAAGAUUUAUGAUUAAAAAAAAGUGUAUGAUGAAAUAUAAGUAAUUUUAUGUUUUAUAAACAUUAUCGACUGUUCAGGAGUAAACGUUUUCGUUAUGUUUCUGCAUUAUAGCAAAAAUUAUAAAAAUAAAACGUGUCUAAUUUUUUUAACCAAA